AUAAAAAAAUUAGAAAAACAAAAACCAAUCAAGAUAUAUUUAUGGUCUUCAGAUCUACCACGCUAUAAAUAGCAAAAUAACAAAUCCUUUAAAAGUCUAAUUUUCAUUGGUAGGGCUCAUUUGGGAUGAUUUUAAAAGAACUUGCACAACACAACAGGCAGUCCUUCGUGUUAUAACAUUUUAAGCGAAUUGUUUCGUGUGUCUAGUCUUAUGACUAGUAAUUGUGUUCAUGUAUAAUUUGACAGUGUUCUGUUAGAGUUUGUCAGGUAAAGAAAUAAAAGGGUCUUGUAAUAAAGAUGGCAGCCAACGGAUCAGAGAAAUCUAAAGACUUCCUGAAUAGACUAGCUGAGUUAAAAAAGAGAUCAUAUGAAGUAAAAUUUGACCUUGAUGGAAGUGAUUAUACAGCCGUUGAAAAUAUUGGUAUUGGGGCAUAUGGAGUCGUUUGCUCUGCCAUUCAUAAAAAAUCCCAGGAUCGUGUUGCUAUUAAAAAAAUUCAUAAAGCAUUUGAAUUUGAAAAAAUUGCUACAAGAACAUACAGAGAAAUAAAAAUAUUAAAACAUUUUAAACAUGAUAAUAUUAUAUCAAUUCGAGAUAUUCUUAAACCUAAAGGCUCUGUGACGGAAUUUAUGGAUAUUUAUAUUGUGUUAGAUUUAAUGGAGAGUGAUCUGCAUAGAAUAAUUUAUUCCAAACAAGAAUUAACCGAAGAACAUGUCCGUUACUUUUUAUAUCAGUUGUUACGAGGGUUAAAAUAUAUUCAUUCUGCAAAAGUUAUACAUAGGGAUUUAAAACCAAGUAAUUUAUUGGUAAAUGAAGACUGUCAAUUGAAGAUAGGUGAUUUUGGUAUGGCUCGAGGUUUAUUGUCGAACCCAGAAGAACCAAACCAUUACAUGACACAGUAUGUGGCUACUCGAUGGUACCGAGCCCCCGAGAUCAUGUUGUCCAUGGUGGAGUAUUCAUCGGGAGUAGACAUGUGGUCUGUCGGGUGUAUAUUUGCUGAAAUGCUCGGAAGAAAACAUCUUUUCCCAGGAAAAGAUUACAUACAGCAGAUAAGAUAUAUUAUAGGUGUACUAGGAUCACCAUCGCAAGCCGUCAUGGAUUUAUGUAACUCAGAUCUAAUCAAAAACUUUGUAAAGCAACUUGGUAAAAGAGAAGGUAUUGCAUGGACAACUCUGUUUCCAAAAGCAAGUCGUAAAGCAAUAAACUUAUUGAGUCGAAUAUUAGUGCUGCACCCUGGUGAGAGAAUAACUGUGGAGGAGGCUUUAAAACAUCAUUAUUUCUCAAAAUACCAUGACCCGGAUGAUGAACCUGUAUGUGUUCCAGCAUUUAAUUUUGAAUUUGAAAAUCAGCAAUUAAAUUUAGAACAGUUAAGAGAUAUGAUAUAUACAGAGAGUAUGGAAUAUCAUCAGCCUAAAACAUUCAAUGCAUUUCUUCGUCCAGCCCCAAAGGAACCUUCUGUAUCCAAGGCAACGGUAACCACAGAACAGGUUGUACCUGAAUCAAGCAAGGUCAAAGUUGAAGUAGGCAAUCUGGAACCAAGGUCAUUAACUGAUGUAGAAAUGCAUAGUGCAAAAGUUGAAGACUCCAAAAAGGAAACUAUUCAUACAGUUGAUUCACAGAAAGUGAAAGAAGCUACAAAACCUGAGGUCAAGGGUCAAGAAGGUCAUACUGUGUCCUCCAACACAAAAGAAUUAAUAAAAGCAGCCUUGAUGAAUGCCAAUCUAAGAAAACAAAGACAAGAAUCUUUAAACGAAGAGAACAAUAAAAACAAGCCAAUUACAGCUGCUCAGAGACAAAGAGAAAGAGAAGAGAAAAGGAGAAAGAAGAAAGAGAAAUCAUUGGAAAAAAUGAAGAAGAAAAAAGGCCCCAAAGGAAUUGAAAAAGUACAUUCAUUGUUGACAAAUGAAGACAAGGAAAUGUUAGAGCGAUGGGCCAAGAUGCAAAAGAAUGUCCAACAGAUUGCGCCAAAACCAGACCCAAGUCAGAGUCAAAACAGAAACGAACAAACUAUAACAAUUAUAAACAUCCAACAACAGGUAAUCACAAUACCAAAACAAACUGAACCUAGUAACCAAGGGCAACAUACUACUGAUGCAACAUCUGUUGGAACAAAAACUUUCUCCCAGCAUGCAUUUGGAAUUCAAAACUUAUCUGGUCAGAGAGGUUCCCUACCAGUUCAAUCUGACUUAAAUGAAAGUGAGAAAGUUCAAAUUCCACCAGAAAGACGUGAAAGUGACUCAAGUGUUUAUCAAAUACAUAGACAGGAAAAUAAACAGAAUUUGUUGUCUAAUUUACAACAGAAAAAUGUGUCUGAAUCUACAAAGCAAAGUGAGAAUGUUCCAGGAUUUUCUACAAUAAACAUGCAAGAUUUAAAAUCACUAGGGAUCACAAACAUGCCAUUGCAGGAACCAACUUCAUUUACAAAUGUUGAUGGGUCUUCAGAUAAACUUCAUACAAGUAGUUCUACAGAAACAUUAGAGAAUCCUAGUCAUAAUUUUACUAAUAGAAGAUCACCUUAUUCACAAGGAUCUCCUUCGAAGGACUAUAGUAAUAAUGGGUCUCCAGAAAGUUAUACGUCGCAGGGCUCGCCAGAGAAUUUCUUAAAUACCUCAGAUAGCAGUGAACACAGUCAGACAAAUUUACAUGCUACAAAUGUUUCUCAAAAUGUUCAACCAGCAGGAAUGCAAAAUUUUCAGAAUUUUACUCCAAAUGCUCAAUUUACUAGUCAGAGUAAUGAAAUAAACUCAAAUGCCGGAAAUUUGAGUACCAAUUUUUCAAAUCAAAUGACAUCUCAGGGACUAAUAUCUAAUCAAACACAAGCAAACGAACAACUGCGUAGUAACCAUGGUAACACUUCACAAAAUUAUACUAGCCAACAACCUAGUGAAGUUUUCCAAAAUCAACCUUCAAGAGAGAUUCAACCAAGUUUUUUCAGCUCAUCGUAUACUGACUCCUUCUUAGGAGGUAAUUCCUUCCAAGAUACAGGAAGUUUUCAGCCUUAUGAAAGUCAACAUAGUCAUCAAAAUAAACUAUCAAGACGUGCCUCAUCUAACCAAGAAUUUUCUGAUUUUACAUCCUGUCAGUUUGAUGGUUCAAUGUUAAACCAGUUUGCCCAGUCUUUUGAAGAAACAAGUAAUAUUCCACAGCAACAAAAUUUUCAAAAUUAUGACCAAGUCAAUAAUUCAAAAUUAAACGAUGGGUCUUUUUCAGAGAUCAGUUCAGGUUUUAUGAAUCAUAAUCAAAAUUUCCAACAGGAUUUUGGCCUACCAUCAUCUUUUACAACACAGCAAGGAUUUAUACCAAGUUCGUCCACCAGCAUACCCUUCCAAGGUUAUGCUUCAAACCACCCGUCCACAGUUACCCAGCCAUUACCAUCAAGUCAGCUUCCUGUCGGAGACCGAACGAUUCUAUCAAAACAGCCAGCUCUUCAAAUAAAUACAAACAUGCCACCUGAUCUUAUUACUGUCUUAUCAAAACAGUUCUCCAAAUCCCAAGUGGAGGAUCCCUGUCCCCCAGUUUUAGCCUUGACCCCUAGAGGUACUGGAGCAGGAUAUGGAUUAGGAAUGGGGAUGGAUUUAGAUUCACUGAUUAUGGAUUCACAGGACACGGAAUUAGGCAGAGCAGAGCCGUCACCAUUGUCAUCAUCUUUGUUAACCGAUUGGAUGGAUGUCACAGGAGAUCUAAAUAUAGACAUGGAUGCGUUAGAACAAGAACUAAGUUUACAGUCGCCAAUGACAUUAUCUUAUAGUGAUCUUUCUAUGUACCCAUCCUGAUAUAGUUCUAUAAAUAGAUGUGGAUGCAUAAUAAAAAGAACAAGUUGAGAACUUAGCUUACAGUCGCCCAUGACAUUGUCUUACAGUGAUCUCUCUUUGUACCCAGCAUGAUUUAUAGUUCUCUACAUAGACGUGGACUUUAACCAUGUUUAAAGUAGAAACAAUAUUGUAUUUAUUGUAAAGGUUUAUAUUUUCAAAGGGGAUAUCAUAACAGACAGAACUACAAUGACCAUUUCACGAUGAUAUACAAUAAAUAUUUGUAUCUUACGCAAUGCUUUUUACCAUUUGUACAGAGAUUUCUUUAUUUCUAAUGCAGCAGCAGAAUUAUAUUAAAACUCAUCUUAUUUA